AUGAAGGUUAUGCAGCGCCGAAUCCUGCUCGGACUCGUCGCGGUUCUGUGCGCCGCGAUCGGCGUUCAAGCCGGAUGCGAGUACCAUACGAACUGCGCCGCCUGUGUGGCCGACACAACCUGCGGAUGGUGCGGUAACGAUCCGUACUCCGCCGGCGGCUACGGCUUCACCCAACAGGGCGACCAUACCGAGGGUAACCCCUUCAGCGCGGAUGCCUACAUGGUCGGCGGCAUUGGCAAGGUUAAGCUCCUGGGCACCUCGUCCACCGCGUCGCCGGGCCAGCCCCCGCCCAACCGCGUGAUCAUCGGCCAGAACACCCGCUUCACCAAGCAGUUUCGCGGCUACUCCUCCUUCGACCAGGACGGCUACCAGAUGGGCGAGAACCCGUUCAAGAUUGUCGUCGUGGUGUCCACCGAGUACACGCUGGAAGUUGUACGCGUGUACAACGACACGUACAUGGAGGUUAAGGACCACCAGGUGAACAUCCCGGACUACAUCCCGUUCACGCUCGGCACCCCGCGCGGCCGAGGCGAGCUCUGGUACGGCCCGAGCUCCAAAGAGGUGAUCCUGCCCAACUCGCAGUCUCGCGAGCAGCUCACCAUCGUAUGCGGGAAGUCGUUCUCGGCAUCCACCGUCAACGACACGGACGCGUGCAAGUUCACCAAGGAGCUCAAGGUUGGCUACUGGCUCGUGUUGGACAAGGCCUAUCCGGUUCAGCACAGGGUGAUCACCAGCAUCAAGUCCGACUACGAGCUCACCGUGGACGCGGACUUUUCCGUCGGAUCGGCUGUCGCCACCGACACCCUCGCGCACUCGGGCACCAAACUCGCGGGCGAGAGUGAGUGGACCUGGGUCUCGUGCCCGCCCCGCAUCGGCAAGCGCGCCACCGGCAUGGGCGUGAUCGAGACCCACGCGGAUCAGACGACCGACUUCAAGGAUUCCGGCGCCAUCAAGGCUGGCCGCUCGGUCACCAGCGGCUGGCUGGGCCGAGCGUCGGGCGCGGCUACGAUGAAGCGCCACCGCAUCGUCGGCCGCGGCACCCGCUUCGAGACCCAGUUCGGCGCCGAGACGCACUGGGACAAGUUGGAGCCCGGCUCGUACUACAAGGAGGGCCCGUGGAUGUCCGUGCAGAUCAACGGCGACUGGGAGACGGUCAAGAUUGACAAGCUCGGCUCCACCGGCACCUACGCCGAGUACAUCUCCGUGCUCGAGAACUCCUUCUCUGAACCCCUGCUCAAGGCGACGCACUUCCACUGGUAUACCAUGUUAUCCAAGGGUACGGGGCGCAUCCGAUCAUACGGCAAGCGCGUGGUGUCCAACGCCUGGUCCAACGUGGAGUUCUCCACCAUGGCUGGUGAGGGCACCACCGAGGGCUACUACGGUAACACCCGCUUCCUCACGCAGCUACGCACCGGUUUCACCAUCACCGCGUGCGGGCAGACGCGCAUGGUCAACAGCAUCCAGUCCGACGUGGAGCUCACCAUCGACCGCCCCUUCACUCUCGGUAACCGCGAGUGGCUCCCCGCGACCGGUUCCAUGGCUCGCGCCGACGACAUGUACGUCCGAGGCCUCACGCGCUUGAUGCCGCUGUGGCCCCGCGGCGUCACCGUGCAGCUCAUCGUCACCUACGUCGGCGGCAGCGGCAACGUCCGCUUCAAGUACCACGUCUGGUGGAAGACGUUCAAACACACCGACGACGGCGACGGUAACUCCCAGGAUGACCUCUGCCCGACCGCCACGAUUGACGCACUGACGGAGUGCGGCAUCACCAUGCCUGUCGACUCGUGGUACCAGCUCAAGGACACGGAGCUGCAGAAGGAAUUCGGCGUCUACGUCAAGUUCAACAAGUGCGCGGUGGGCAAGGGCGGCUCCGGCACUCCCAAGAACUCCGACGACACCCAGGCGUGCAAUCAGGCGACGUUCAAGCCGCACGAUCAGUGGAAGAUUCACGUCGCUGAUAUCGAAAACUGCGAGUACUACAUCUCCACCGAGGGCGAGCGCUUCAUCACCGACGAUAACGCCAACCCGCCGGUGUGCUACAACUACGGCAAGUGCAUGCCCAUCACCACGGACGCCACCACGGUAUCCGAGGCGCAGAAGCGACCGCAGCUCACCGCACCCGGCCUCGUCAAGUACGACAAGAGCACCUACACGCUCACGUCGGAGAUUGAUCCCAACGACGGCAACCGCAACGCCAAGUUCAACUCGGACGUCGAGCCCGGAGACAUCAUCCGCAUCAUGAAGACGGGCGGUUCCGUCGACAUCCGCGUCACCGGCAUUACCUCCGACACCGAGCUGCUGUCGGAUUACCUCGACGACGUCGACACCUCGACGGCGUACAACUACAAGAUUCUCAAGUGCGCCGCCGGCCGCAUCGGCGGCGACAAGCACGACGCGAUCGACAACACCGGCGGCGCCAUGCACAUCCCCGACGAGAGCCCGCUCGCGUAUCUGCCCCACCCCGAGCACUCCUACUACCAGACCUGGUCGUACAAGUACUGCGAGAUCGACCCGGGUUGCUGCGGCUUCCGCGUGUCGUCAAUCGUGCAGCCGCAGCAGUUCGGCUACUAUCACGUCAAGCCCGAUCACUCCAACUACAACCUGAGGAUCGCGGUGCACACCGUGAACGAUAACCUCGACCUGUACACUCGCAGGGACGACGACGGCGGCGGCAGGCCCGACACCACGAACUACCACCUCACCUCCGUUCGAGAGUCCGUGCCUUGGGCCAUCGACGAGGACGAGUACGACUUUGCCUGCGUCGCGCAGACGCUCAAAAAGUCGGUCCUCGCGGGCGAAUACAUCGGCGGUGACGCCCCAACGUACGACAGCGCUCUCGCCCAGUACACCAUGCACGACAAUAAGCCCAACUGCGAGAAGUGGGUCGUCGGCGUCAUGGGCGACAACAGGUACCCGCAAACCGUGGGCGCGUCCGAGUACAGCGCGCGAUUUUACAUCGAGUUUAACUUUCCCGAUUUCGCGUGCGAGGACAGCGGCGAGCCCGCCGACGACAUCGGCGGUUUCCUCUCCGCGUCGCACAAGAAGAAGUGCAUCCAAAAUAACCUUCGCUUCGUCCGCGACGCCGACGUCGUGCUCAACAGCGCCGACUCCCCCAAGUGGGUCGUGAGGCUCACCGAGACGAAGAAGCGCCAGAACGGCCAGUACGUCAAGUGGCGCGACGCGGGCGGCGCGAGCUACCCCAACGCGCAGCGCUCCGGCGCGGUGUGGUGGCACCGGAAGGUUCACGUCUGGGACGGCUUCGAGACGAAUUUUGUCUUCCAGAUCACCGACCCGUCGCAGUGCGGCGGCGAGGACAAGAUCUGCGACGGCGGCGACGGCUUUGCCUUUGUCAUCACCAACGACGCCAGGCAGGAGAAGGUUGACUACAACUCCAACGAAGGCUGGGAUUGCACCGAUCCCAACUCGUGCUCCAUCACCGACGGCCUCAUCGGCUGCCCCGCCGACGGUCUCGGCUACGCCAACUCCAAGAAGUCCAACACCGUCAACUACUUUGGCGAGUGGCAGGAGUGCACCUUCGGCCUUCGCAAGGCGCUCGCCGUCGAGUUUGACACCUUCUACAACGUCGAGCGCCGCGACCCCAAGCAGGGUAAGCAGCACUGGUGGAUCAACGCCACGGAGUACGUCUCCUACAACGACAACCACAUCGGCGUCUUCAUGACGACGGAGCCCAAAUACGCGCAUCAGCCGUGGGGAGCGUCGCAACCCGAGCUCAAGGCGCUUCACAGCGACGACGAAAACGGAGCGCACUUUGGCUCCACCCCCUCUGUUCCCACGAUGGCGGAUUUCCAGGAGCACACCGUGAAGAUUCGCUACACUCGCGGCUUCACCACCGAGAAGCAGGGCAGUGGCAAGCUGUCCACCACCGACAUCGUCACCGCCGACGCCGACCGCCGCAGGCUCAAGGGCAACCAGCUCACCAAGUUCAAGACGGAGCUUCGCACCGGCUUUGAGUUUGGCUACGCGUCGCGCGUCAAGGCGAACGUCAAGGUGAAGCUCAACCGCGACAUCACCUGCCAGGACCCGGAGACGGACCCGCCCACCUUUGCCGCGUGCCGCCAGUCGCCCCCCGUCGCCACCACCGGUUUCGGCGACGACGGCGAGGCGACGCGCGUCAUCAAGAUUAUCGACGACGACGAGGCUAACCUCGAGGACACCGACACGUCGGGCGCAACCGCCGAGGAGGCCGAGGUUCGCAUCACGUACAUGCACGCGUUCAACCCCAAGCAGGAUACCGACGCCGACUACAACAUCAUCAAGGAGUUUCCUGGGGAGAUUCAGGUGUUCAUCGACGACAUGGAUCGGUACGUGUUCCAGGUUGCGGUCGAGGACCGGGACAUGAGCAAGAUUCUCGACACCGACGGCAACGCGUACAUCGGGUUCACGGCGUCCACGGGAUCCAAGGGUUUCGCGAAGGUUGGCUACGAUCCGGAGGAGGUGCACGAGACGCACGAUAUCCUCGCGUGGAACUACUGCAACAACCCCGGAUGCGUGCCCUACUAACAAGGCGCCGGGACGCGCGAGGCGCCACUUAAGAUUAUACACACAUCGAUGACGUAGAUGGUACAUUUGUAAAUAAAACGUCUCGUUUUUAUUGAAGC